AUGGAUAUUGUGGACCAUAUAUUAGAAGAAUUGCACUUUCAUGAACCAAAAGAAGAGUGGGAUAGGACAAGAUGGAUGAUGACAGCUUCAGGCAAAUUCACUAUAGGCAUUGCAUGGGAACUUCUAAGGAGCAAAGCAGUCAAGUCAGAUGUCUUUAAGAACAUGUGGAUAUCAUGUGUACAUUUUAAGAUAUCCUUUUUUUUCUGGAGGUUGUGGAAGUACAAAAUACCAGUUGGAGAGGUAGUAAGAAGGAUUGGGGUAGAUACUAAGGCAACAUGUUAUUGCUAUGAUCAUAGGCAAUAUGAAACUGUGGAUCAUUUGUUUGUUACAGGAAAUGUUGCUACAAAAGUAUGGACUUAUGUUAAAGCUGCUGUUGGCAUCACAACACAGUUUCAACAAGUCAGGCAGAUUCUUCAGGUCUGGUGGAAUGCAGAUUGCCCCUCAAUGUUCAGAACUAUCUUUAAAGCUAUUCUAAUGGUCACUAUGUGGCAGAUAUGGAAGUGGAGGAAUACAGUUCUACAUGGAGGGAAGAUGUCCAUCAACAAAUUUGCAGCAGCAAGAAGGAUAUCAGAUGGCUCAAAUUUGAUGGCUGAAGCAAGGGCACUACAUGAGGGUGAUCACCAUUUUCAUAGUUUUACUUCACUUCCUGUGAAAGCAAGGAAAAUUCUAAACACAGAAAAGUCACAUAUACCAUACAUGAGGAUCAGGACAGCUAAGGACCAUCAUAUUCCUGGAGAUUAA